GAGUAAGUGGUGUCUUCAUCUACCAAUUACUAUUUUAGUAGUUAAUUAUAUUAAAAUAUAAAUCUCUCUCAACUUUUAGUUUGACAAGUCAACAAUUGAAUUUCACUCCCAAGCGAAGUAAUUUAUGGUAACCCUUUUCACUGAAUAAAUAGAUUGCAAAUGUUUCCAUUAAGAUCAAAGCCACUCCCUCAGCAUCAACAUCAAGCAGAAUAAUAAAAAAAUCAAAAAGACCACUAAUCAUUUUAAUAAAAAAAUAUAUAAAUAUUAUAUAAAAGAAUUACAAAACCACAAAUCCAAACCCUCCACCUCUCUGAUCUUCUCUCUCUCUCCUUUUUCAGUGUCUGUAUCUGUCUCUCUGUCAACUAUCAUAACUGUCUCUCAAAGAAAAAGAAGAAGAAGAAGAAAAAAAAGAUAGAGAGAAUAGAGAAAACCUACUUGCUUCACUUGUACAUUUUACUCCCCACAGUUAACUCCAAAAGGCCAUAAGCAAAACUCAUAACAAUCCAAAUCUAGAGAAACCCUAACUCAAAACAUACACCUGUUUUCGACUUCCUUCUGAUCUGUGCUGGGAAUUGACAACUUUGGCUUGAAAAGCCACAAUUGCGAGUCCGACUCCACGAGAAAAGUUUUUACCUUUUCUGUAAACAAACAGAAAGCUGGAAUCUUUUGAGAAACUGUGAUUUAAAAAUGAGGGGGAGACCGAAGGAUUUUCGACGGCCGGUGAGGCGGCGGCUAUCGAAUGUGGUGUGGUGGACACUCUGUGGGAUAGUGGUUUUGCUCUUUAUAGUAAUUUUUAGUAAAGAGGGUCAGAUUGAAUCCAGACCCUCCACCAAUAAGGAGAGAUAUUUAUAUCGUGAUAGAGUUUUGGAAGGCUUAAACAUCACUGAUGAAAUGCUGAGCCCUAAUUCAGUCACCAGACAACUUACCGACCAAAUUUCUCUUGCAAAAGCUUUUGUUGUGAUUGCAAAAGAAAGCAACAAUCUUCAGUUUGCUUGGGAGUUAAGUGCACAGAUUCGGAAUUCGCAGGUCCUCCUUUCAAGUGCUGCAACAAGACGAGCUCCUUUAACAACCAGAGAAUCAGAUACUGCAAUCCGUGAUAUGGCACUUCUACUCUACCAAGCCCAGCAGCUCCAUUAUGAUAGUGCAACUAUGAUCAUGAGACUGAAAGCCAAAAUCCAAGGGCUUGAAGAACAAAUGAGUUCUGUGACUGAGAAGAGUUCAAAGUAUGGACAAAUAGCUGCAGAAGAAGUUCCAAAAGGUCUCUACUGCCUUGGUGUUCGGGUAACUAUCGAAUGGUUUGGGAAUUUAAAUUUGCAGAGAAAAGUCAAUGAAAAAUUGCACAGGGAAGCAAAACUUAGAGAUAGCAGUCUCUAUCAUUUCUGUGUCUUCUCUGACAACAUCCUUGCAACUUCAGUUGUGGUCAAUUCUACUGCAUUAAAUUCCAAAAAUCCAGAUAUGGUUGUCUUUCAUAUUGUAACAGAUGAAAUAAACUAUGCUGCAAUGAAAGCCUGGUUUGCCAUGAACGAUUUUAGAGGAGUGACUGUUGAGGUUCAGAAGUUUGAAGACUUCAAGUGGUUGAAUGCUUCUUAUGUUCCAGUUCUUAAGCAGCUCCAAGACUCUGAAACUCAAAGCUAUUACUUUUCAGGUCACAAUGAUGAUAGUCGAACUCCAAUCAAGUUCCGGAACCCGAAGUAUCUGUCUAUGCUAAAUCACCUUAGGUUUUAUAUUCCCGAAGUUUUUCCUGCAUUGAAGAAGGUAGUAUUCCUUGAUGAUGAUGUAGUGGUUCAGAAGGAUCUCUCCGCCUUAUUUUCAAUUGAUUUGAAUGACAAUGUUAAUGGAGCUGUGGAAACAUGCAUGGAGACAUUUCAUCGAUACCACAAGUACCUGAACUAUUCUCACCCUCUCAUACGGGAGCAUUUUGAUCCUGAUGCAUGUGGCUGGGCAUUUGGGAUGAAUGUUUUUGAUUUGGUUGAGUGGAGAAAAAGAAAUGUAACCAACAUCUACCACUACUGGCAGGAAAAGAAUGUGGACCGUACACUUUGGAAACUUGGGACUCUACCACCGGGACUUCUGACUUUCUAUGGACUGACACAGCCACUAGAUCCUUCAUGGCAUAUUUUGGGAUUGGGUUACACGAAUGUUGAUCCACACGUGAUAGAGAAGGGGGCAGUGUUGCACUUCAAUGGAAACUCAAAGCCGUGGUUGAAGAUUGGGAUGGAAAAGUACAAGCCUCUUUGGGAGAAGUAUGUAGAUUAUUCUCAUCCUUUGUUGCAACAAUGCAACUUUCAUUGAUGAUGUCAGACAUAAGAAGCAGCACAUCUCCCCAGGUGCAUAAGAAUGUCUAAAUUUUUGUAGUCAAGUAUGCUUGUGCAAUUUUUACAAGAUCAAGCAUGGCCGGUGGUUGUAAAAGUGCCUGUUGUAGCAUAAAUGCCUCUUUUCACAUCAAUUGUUGAGGGUUAUAAAUUGACACGGAACUUUUUAGCCCAUUUUUAUGUAGACCGAAUUGUAUCCGGUAUCCACUGCAGUUUUUACUUGUUCUCAACCCCUAUCAUUAGCAUAUUCUCGUUGUUCAAUUGUUAACAUUGUGCGUAGCUUGAGACACAGUUUAUUCCAGACCUCUGUAGAUGUUACAUAAUUGUUUAGAUUGAUAAUGGUUAUGGUCCUUUUUCCUUUUUA